AUGACUUCAAAAACGGACUGUCUCAAGAUCCUGGGCCGUGAGCUGCAGGUGCAGCGAAUGGUCGGCAGUGGCGGCUUCGGCGACGCGCUGCUUGUGACGCGGAUGCGGGCGGAUGCGAACCCCCGGCACGGUUUCACCUUUCCGCCGCAGUGCGUGGUGAAGGUGAUGCGGGUAGGGCUGUGCGGGCAGACGGAGCUGGACCUGGCGCAACGGGAGGUGCGGGUGCUGAAGUCGCUGACCCACCCCAACAUCGUGCGCUACAUCGGGUCGUGGAUUGAGCAGUCGCGCGGGCCGUAUCAGAACCGCUUCUGCAUUGCGCUGCAGUACUGCGAGGGCGGCGACGUGGCGACACUAAUACGCAGGUGCGCAGGGAGCGGUCGGCUGCUGCCGGCGGAUACGGCGGUGCGACUGAUGGCGCAGGUCUUCUCCGCGCUCAACUACAGCCACUCGCGGCGCCUCAUUCACCGCGACAUCAAGCCCGGCAACGUUUUUCUCACCGAGUGCGGCGCCGACGCGGUCGGGGACGCCGUGGUGGGCGACUUCGGCCUCGUGCGCGCGUUGGAGGUCACCUGCGAGUCGGUGGCAUCACGGGUGGGGACCCCGUCGUACAUCUCCCCUGAAAUUGUGGCCGGCGAGACGUACACCGGGAAGACGGAUAUCUUCUCCGCAGGGGCCAUGUUUUAUGAGCUUCUGACCUGCCACUCGCCGUUCUGGCGCCGCCGAUGCUCCCAGCAGGAGAACUUCAAGCGCGUCUUGCAUUUCGACCCCAUGCCGUACAUGCGGGCGAACGCAGAAAAGGUCUACGGUGCGGCGGUGACGGACGUGAUUGGGCGCUGCCUCGCGAAGAAGGAGAGCGAGCGCGUGAGCGCUUACGAUGUUCUCGUGCGCGUUGUCUCGCCGAUCUCCGCCUUUGUGCGGAGCAACGCGAUUCCGGUCUACGUGGAGAAGUUGGCCCAGCCACCGCCGCCGCCACCGCCGCCGGCUGCCCGGGCAUCUCCACCGUCUGCACAGGCGUCUCCGGAUCGCGCGGAGUCGCCGUCAGGUGAUGCAGCGGCGGGUGGUCGGAAGAGAACGACACGCGAGCAGCUACGUGCGCUAUUUCUAGAGGAGUCACCCAUGACUCCGGCUGGCCGACUUGCGGCCCUUCUCGGGGACGACGAAGAACUUCUUGUUCUUCUCCGCGUGGCUCUUGCGUACCACGGCAACGACCCGGAGCAGCUGGCGCGAAGGCUGCGUGGUAUAUUCCGCGAGUUUGGCUAUGGUGCGAACUCUGCAGCGGCAACGGCGGUGACGGGCUUUGUGUUCCAUCACUGCACAUCGCUGUUCGAGUGA